GACAAAUGGAUUUGAAUGGAACAGUAAGUUUAAGUGAAAUUGAACAAGAUUCAAUAAGGUACUGAAGAAGAUUUUUGUUCGUUUAUGUCGAUCAAGUUUCACCGUGAAAUCAGUACGAUGCGACCAUGGCACGAAUACGGGUCAAGUAAUUUUAUAUGUACUUAUAGAAUACAUCCCUACUUAUCCACCGUAUGGAUACACAACGCUCGCGUUUACACAACGAACAUCUCGGGUACUACUCGAACUCCGAUCGCGGACGAUUCUUCCUUCGGUGACUGGUGGUUCAAGAGGUGAGAGACCACGACGUCUGGAGGGGAUAAACAGGGACUCCGCCCGAAGACCGGCUAUAAAAUGCCACCACGGAAAUCAGGCUCAACCAGUCUUAAUCGAUAAAAGAAGCUCUCUUCUUCUGCUUUUUAUUUUUUUCUUCAUUUUCCCGCAAACAAGGCUUUUGUGAAUCUGCUUCCGCUGACACGAAAUUAUGGAGCAUACGGUAAAAUUUGUUUUACUGUUUACCGCCAUUGUUUUCGUAGCUGUCGCUGAUGAAAAUGAAGAGCAAGAGCGACCUAAAACUUUUCGGAGACUGAUACCAGCUGAUGUACUUCGUGAUUUCCCUGGUAUGUGUUUUGCAUCAACGAAGUGUGCAACGAUUGAGCCAACGAAGACAUGGGAACUAUCACCUUUUUGUGGCCGUUCCACCUGUGUGCCAGCCGAUGACAACUCUGGUCGUUUGUUCGAAUUAGUGGAAGACUGCGGCCCUCUGCCUAAAGCCAACCCUAAGUGCAAACUCUCCGAUAAAACCAAUAAGACCGCUAGUUUCCCCGACUGCUGUCCGAUUUUUGAGUGUGAAGAUGGAGCUAAACUGGAAUAUCCAGAAAUUCCAACUUUGCCACCACCAACGGAAGUAGAAACAGAGAAAGCAUCAGAAACUGUUGCAGCACCAAAAGCCUAAAGCUCAAAAAUAAAAUCACCAGAAGGGAAAGUUA